CCAUGCUCUCCUUCUCAGCGGCACCCCUUCUCCACCUGAGUCUCCUGCUCUUUCUGUCGAGCCACUCACCUGCUCUCUGCUGCCGGAUCGGGGACAGCAGUGAGUGUCAGUCUGCUUCCUUUGUGCCAGGCCACAACCUGGCGGGGGAGGGAUUUGAUGUGGUCACCCUGCAGCGAAAAGGAGCCUACGUGGUUGACAUGAAGACCUACCUGACCCCAGAUGACACCUGUACUCUCUGCGCCAAUCCUCUUCAAGGCAACAUCCUGCAGAAACUGCCAGUCUCUGCUGUGGACUGGCGCUCAUUCAGCCGAUGCAGUGCAGACCUCUACAGCAGUGUGCACACCUCUGUGAGCUCACUGAUUAACACUUACACUUCCCACGACACUAACGACUGGAAGGUUGGCUUAGAUUUAGAUAAGGUUGUGUCUGCCAAGCUGGAGGUGGGAGGAACACGCUCCACUGCGUAUAAAUUUGCUACAGAAAGGACCAGAGAGGACCGCUAUGUCUUCAGCACUCACAGGGUCACCUGCAGCCACUAUGGUUACCGUGUAUCAGUCAAACCGCCCCUCAGCUCCGAGUUCAGUGAGGAUUUGGAAAGGCUGCCGACUUUCUACAACUCCUCCACCAGGGCUCAGUACAGUGAGCUCAUACACAUCUAUGGCACACACUACAUUCGCCAGGUUUACCUCGGGGGGCGACUCAGGCGAGUCACAGCGGCACGGACCUGUUUGUCCUCACUGAAUGGGCUCUCCUCAAAUGAGCUCCACACCUGCUUAUCACUGGGUGUCUCUGUAGGCCUGGGGAGGGUGAAAUUAUCUAGUAACAGACAGUCUUGCAACAAGGUCCUACAGAACCAGGACCUCUCCACCUCGUACAGCUCUGGUCUCCACCAGCACGUCACAGAGGUGGCAGGAGGCACUGGUUGGUUGGGGGAGUUUUCACUCACUCAUAAUGACUCCCUCGGCUACAUGAAUUGGCUGAAGACCCUGAAGCACCAUCCAGAUGUUGUUUCGUACUCCCUUAGACCAUUGUAUGAGCUGGUGCCAAAUGAGUCACAGAAGGCAGGGAUGAAGGCGGCCAUAGAGCAGUACUUGGAGGAAAACGCUGUGACGAAGUCACCCAAAGAACCCAACUGCGGGUCGCACACACCUAACCUGGCUUCCAACUGCUGUCCUCUGAACGCCUGGAGGGGGACACUGGUGGUGACCAUUGUCCGAGGCUGGGAUCUGAAAGGAGAUUUAACUGGACAGACAGAGAGCUAUGCUAAGAUGUGGUACGGAUCGUUCUAUCGCAGGACUCAUAUGAUCCGGUCAAACUAUCCCUGGUGGAACGCACGUUAUAAUCUGGGCAAGGUGGACACACACCUUGGUUUGAAGGUUGAGGUCUGGGACGAGGAUUUGAAAUACGAUGACCGUCUGGGAUCAUGUACAAAGAACCUGUCGCAGGGGACACACAGGUUCACCUGUUGGGCCAAGAGAGGCGGCUUUGAGGUCCAAUACACUCUGACCUGCGACCGUCACCUAACCGGAGACAGGUGUAACCGUUACAAACCAUCUCCACAGUGAGAAAUGUAUUUUGGGGCCACGCUAUUCACAAAUGUUGUUCACUUCUCCGAAAAGUACAACUGAAAUCACAUUUACUCAUCACAUUUGUAGUCUAAAUUUAAGUCAUUAUCUGUUUAAAAUUCAUAAUGCCGUUUGUAUCAUGUUAGACACGACUUUCUGUGACCUCCAUGUCUUCCAAAUCAACAAUACUUUCCUGAAA